AUGCCUGCGAGGUGGCUAUGGAAGUUGGUGGCUCCGCGCCUGUCUCCCCGCGAGGCCCUCAAUCGCGACUCUUCUUCCGCGGAGGGGCGGGAGGGGGUAGCACGUGAGGGACUGGAGGGGCAUCAUGUGUCAUUCGCUACCACUGCGACUGUUUUCACGGAUGGACCACGGCAGCAGCAACAGCAGCAGCAGCAGCAACAGGAGCAACAGCACUUGGACUAUAGCAACUCGCGUGAUCGACGCGGCGAGACAGCCGUUGAUUGCAGCACCAUGAGCGGCGGAUCCAACGGCGUAGGUCCCUCCGAGCUGAGUCUUGCGUCAUGCACGCCCUCUCGCCUCGAUGUCUCCGAUAAUCCCAUCGCUAGGUCGCGCGCGGCUGCUGAUUCGCUCAACGAGCCGGCGUCGCUGUCCCAUUGGCGGAGAUUAGGGGGCGGCCUGCGGGUUACUAGGAGGCUCGAUAGCGUGGGAGAGGUGGCGCUUGAAAGCGUGGAUUUGCGGCAAGUGCGGGAGAGGCAGCCUCAAGACCUUGCAAGCGCGCCGAGUGGCCUGUGUGACCCUGCUGCUUCUGCUGCUGCUGCUGCUGCUGCUGCUGCUGCUGGCAUUACUGCUUGUGGCGAUGACAGCACCAGAUCCGCUCUUGGCAGUUAUGAGAGGGGCGCUGAUACCUUCAGCAGCAGCGGUGACGGGAGCAGCAACUCUCUUCUAACCAGCGUGGAGAAAUACUCGAGCUUCAGCGACGUGGGCGCGAUUGCAAUCACAGGGCACAGAAGCCAGCACAGGGACAGCCACGCCUUUGUGUGUCGCUCAGAGGCGUAUCUAGAUGCACUAUCAGAGGCCAUAGCUGCCGGCCUGGCGUCCAGGGCUGUCACGUUCCUUGCCGACCAGAUCUCCUCCGGCCAAUGGGAUGCUCCGAUGCCUCCCCUGCUACUGCACCAAUCAGAGGCUCAGCCUGAGAUUCGGUUGGAUUGUGCUGCUGGUGCUGGUGAUGCUGCUGGUGCUGAGGGCAAUGAGUCAUUACGUGUAGCUGCUGGUGUGGAAGCCACCCGCAGUGGUAACCCGGUUACCACCACCACUGAGCGUGUGAUCAACGGUCGCAGCAACGUGACAGGAAGACCAUCUAUUUCCGGGCGGCCAUCUAUUUCCGGGCGGCCGUCUAUUUCCGGGCGGCCGUCUAUUUCCGGGCGGCCAUCUGAGGGGUUCAGUGUGCGGCCCAGACGUAGGUGCAGCCUGGUGUGGGCGGCAGGGGGAGCAGGAGGAGGGGCGGGAGGAGGGGGGGGAGGAGGGGGGCUGAGGAGCUAUCUGCUGGAUCCGAGACAGCACCAGCAGUACCAGCAGCACGUGCAGCGGCAGCUUAGUGGCUCGGUGCAGAGCGGUGGAGAGGGGUGGAUAGGCUUCGGGCGAGGCAGGGAGGACACGAGAGCUAAUGACAAGGAGGGAGGAGAGGGGGAGAGAGGGGUGUGGGAGGGUGAGAGUCAUCUGGAGGAGCGCCUUGGUUUUGGGAAUGUGCGAGGAGCGCAGGGAGCAACGACACUGAGUCGUGCCAGCCUGGGGCUGGCACAUGAUGAGUCACGCAUGGGAUCGCUGACGCCGAGCGAUAGGUCAGCGCUCGAUGAGUCGGUGUUUGUCGGCAGUAUUGGCCACCUGGCUUCUUUGGGCGGCGCAUUGGCAGGAGAAGCUGUUGCUGGGACCCGUUUCCCUGCUGACGUGGCACUUUCUUCUGCUUUGCCCACUGGAUUAGGCACCCCCGCUGCCGAUGCUGCCGCCACCGCCACUGCUGUGCCCAACGAACCUCCGAAGGAUUUCCCCGUACCUGUCUCCAAACCUGCCGGCCAGGCAGCUUCUGCCGCAGCAGCCAGCCCUGCCGAGCCUGCUCAACCGUUUCCGCGUACAGUCUCGGGUGACUAUAGCGAACUGGGUGCGCCUGUAAAGAGGACAAGCAGCCGGGCGGACCAGUUAAGAAAGGAGGUUGCGGAGUGGAAUGGGGAGUGGGAGGAUGCAGCAGGGGAUGUGUCACUGGUGUAUGGAAGGGAGAGGAGUACGGGAGAGGGGGUCAGGGGAGCGGAGAGGAGUACAGGAGAGGGGGACAAGGGAGGAGGAGUAGAGGGAAGGCGGAAGACAGCACAGCAGCCAGCAGCACAGCAGGAAGCACAGAGCAAAGCACCGCAGCAGCAGCAACGCCAUCACCAUCAGCAGCAGCAGCAGCAGCAGCAGCAGCAGCAGCAGCAGCAGCAGCAGCAGCAGCAGCAGCAGCAGCAGCGGUCACAAGCACGCAUACCCGCCCUCCACUCCUCCGCCUCUCUCCCACUGGCGGCAGCUGGUGAUCUGCAUGUGGUGCCUGCUGGCCGGUCUUGCCCUCAUAGCUACUGUACUGCUGAUUGGCGUGCUCGCCAUGACACUUGGGCCACCCAGGAGGGGGCAGUCCGGGCCAAGAAGGAGUUUCUGGGAUGUAUCUCGCAUGAAAUCCGCACUCCUAUCAACGGGAUCAUAGGCAUGCUGCAGCUAUUAGUCGAAGAGUGCGAGCUGGAUCAGGACCAAAGGGAUGCAAUCGACACUGCGUUGCUUUCCUGCUGGACUCUCACCGACUGGCUGGCAAAGUUUGUCUAUUCUGAGUUAGGUAUAUCCACUGCGCUCUCCACUGCUGGCAGCAGUUCCCACCUGAGUGGUAACAGUGGCCCGACUGGUGCAGUGAAUGUGGACAGGUACCAGAAUGAACCAAGCUGUGCAGGGAUGUCCUCCUCCUCCUCCUCCUCCUCCUCCUCCUCCUCCUCCUCCUCCUCCUCCUCCUCCUCCUCCUCCUCCUCCUCCUCCUCCUCCUCCUCCUCCUCCUCCUCCGCCCCCCUCUCCCUCUCCACCUCCUCCUUUGCUCCCUCCUGUCCCUCACAGAGCCCCUCUCUCCUCGUUCCCUCAUUUCCUGGAAACUUUCCGACCAUCUCAACCACCGUUUCCUCUCCUCCCCUUCUCCCCUUCCCAGUCCGCAACUUCACUCCCACCCACCUUCCCAACACUCCUCUCACUCCCUCCACCUACUCCCUCCUCCCCCACCCCAUCCCUGCCUCCCCUCUCCCCUCCUCUCUCACUCCCGUAGGAGGUGGGGAGACGGGAGUUCUGGCAGGGGGGAGAGAAUGCACGGGGAAGUUGCUGGUCGGUGCUGCUAGGAGCAGCUCUGAGAGCUCUGAGGAGGCAUGGCCUGCACAGGAGGGAAAGAGGCAGGAGGAGGGAGGGAGACAACAGGAGGGAGGGAGGCAGCAGGAGGGAGAGAGGCACGAGGAGCAAGCGAAGCAGCAGGGGAUGAGGGAGCAGGUCAUUCUGAACCAGCUCUCAGUAGCAGCAGCAGCAGCAGCAGCAGCAGCACAGGCAGAGGAACCAGCAGGGAAUUGUUUUUCUGAAAGUGAUGAUGGAGUUAACCAGUCUGGUAACCAAUCUGGUAACCAGUCUCAAAACCUGGCAUGGUACAGUGGUGCUGGUAACCAGCCCGGUAACCAGCCUCUUCGAGCUGUGGUGUGUGUGAGUGACGGGGAGGGGUUGGAUUCGCGAUCUGCUGCUGCUGCUGCUGCUGGUACUGCUGCUGAUACAAGGGAGGACGUGGGGUACGUCAGUGGUGAUAGCGGUUAUGCCAGUGGUGCUGGUGGUUAUGUCAGCGGUGAUGGUGGGUAUGUGAGCGGUGAUGGGGGUUACAUUAGUAGUAGUUCCACUGGUGGCAGACGUGUGGCUGAGGGGAGGGCAGGGGCUGGAAGCAGCACAAGCAGCAGCUACCGUUCGGGGGUUGGUAAGUUGGGCAGAAUGGGCAAGUAUCGAAUCGGCAGCAGUCACAGCACCAGCAGCCUGGCUUGCAGCAUUGUCAGUAAAGUGAAGGUGGUUAUGGGCGAUAGUAGCGGGGCAAGGGUUGCGGCAGGCGAUAGCAGCAGCGGUUUCAGCAGUGUGAGUGUGACAAGAGCUGCUACAGAUAGCAGUAACGGUAGCAGGAUUGUGAGUAAAACGGGUGAUAGCAGUAUCAGCAUUUCAAGAGCGGCUACAUGUGACAAUAGUGGUAGCAGGAGUGUGAGUACGAGGGCUACUACAGGUAAUAGUAAUGGUAGCAGGACUAUUACUAAAGGGUCACAGAGCUUAAAGGAGAGGAGGAGAGCGGAGAGGGAAGGUUACCCUUCUGUUUCUCACCUCGGAAAUGGGGAAGGUGCAGCUGGGGAGGGUGCAUCUGGGGAUGACGUAUGGGGUGCAGGGGAGAUGGUGUCUGGGAGUGGGUUGGCUGCUACCCCCUCCUCCUGGUCGUCCGAAAUGGAUCUUCUGAUCGGUGGAAGCUGGGGAGGGGAUGGUGGGAGAGGAGAGGGGAGUGGAAUUGCGUUAAGAGGGGAGGGGAAUGAAGGAGGAGGUAACAAUGUGAAGAAUGGGCGAGAGGAGAGAGAGUAUGGGGGAGAGGAAAUGGGAGAGGAUGCAGAACGGUGUGAGGAGGUGGAGAUUAGACGAGCCAAGACUCUGGAAGCUGAUUGGUCAGGGAAACCAGGUGGGAGGCGAGGAGUCACGUUCGCAGAAGCGGAUGAAGAGGAGCGAUUAGGGGAGGAGUGGGGAGGAAGGGUGAGGGAGCGGAGAUUGGGAAGCAGAGCACGGUUCCCAGACAUUGUGGAGGUGGGUACAGAUGGGCUCACGAGGGGUAAGGAUGGGUACGUGAGCAGUCCGGGAAGCACGGCGAGCACGAGCAGCGGCAGGAGCCUGGCGCGGUCACACGCGCCCCCAUCCCCAUCACGUAGCUGGAUCCCUGCUGCUCCCACUGCCCCCACUGCCGCUGCUGCUGCUGCUGCUGCCCCUUCCGCCUCGCCAUCCUCUUCACCCUCCUCCUCGCCCUUCUCCCGUUCGCUCGUUCCGCCUUCCACUCUCACGGCUGAAAGGGACCUUCUCGCUGCGCGCUCACCUGAGUCCACGCACUCUGCUGCCGUCCCUGCUUCCUUCGCCUCCUCCCCUGUCGCCUCCCCGACCGCCUCUUCCGCUGCUCACAUCUCUGCUCCUGCGGUGGUCCCUUGGGAGAUAGCAGCAUCUGCUGCUGUGCCUGCUACAGAUGCCUCAGCUGGGUAUGCAGCAGGAGGGGUUUCAGCGGCCGGGGCUGUAGCAGCAGAGGCUGUAGCAGCAAGGGCUGUGGAAGAGCCGAGCCAAGCUCCCGCCCCCCCGCUCUCCCCAAGGUCCCUCACAGCAAGGCUGAGAGGGCGGCGGGUGCUAGUGGUGGAUGACAAUGCAGUGAACCGCAAAGUGGUGCUGGCAAAGCUGCGGCCGUACGGCAUGGUGGGCGUGCAGGCUGAGAACGGCCGCGUUGCUGUGGAGCGGUUUAUAGAGGGGAUGAACGGAAGCGGAGAUGGGGGUGCGGCGGGUGGUGGUGGUGGGGGUGGUGAAGGGGGUGAGGGAGGUGGAGGGGACGGGUUUGUGUGCGUCUUUAUGGACCUUCAGGUGCGUUUUCAUUACUUUCCUCUCAUCUACACCCGCCUACACCCAUCUACACCCACUUCCACUUAG